GAUCAAUGGAAAGAGCCAAAGAUGUCGGCUCGGUCAUGUGAUCAGCUGUGUCCAAUCACAACUGAUCACAUGGGACAUGUACACAGAUCAUCAGAGCACUGAUGAUCAGUGUGCCCUGAUGAUCUGUGUAGCCCCAGCAGCGCCACCUGUCAGUGUCCAUCAGUGCCAGCUCUCAGUGCCCAUCAGUGCCACAUUUCAGUGCCCAUCAGUGCCACAUCGAUGCCACAUAUCAGUGCCCAUCUGAGCUGCCUUUCAGUGUCAUCCAUCAGUGCCACCUAUCAAUGCCAGUCAGUGCCACCUAUCAGUGCUGCCAAUCACUGCUGCCUAACAGUGCCAGUCAGUG